AUGCCAGCCGGAGUAUCUUGGGGUCAGUAUAUCUCCUUCUCUGUAGCUGCGAUGGCGUCGAUGCUGGCAGGGUCACAGAUAGUGCAUCAGCACUAUCGCCCGCUACAAGAUUUAAAUGAUUAUAUCACCCGAGAGUUGAAAAAUCUUCCUGAAAAUGUACAGAUUAAAAUAAGGAAAGAACUAGAAGAAGAAGGUGUUUUGAAGUAGUAUUGAAGUGUUAAAUAAAUUAGAGAGAUGUUUGUAAAAUAUAUUAUGUAAAUACUUAACUGUA